GACUGGUAGUGUCAGUUAUGUAAUAUCUCAAACCCUAGGGCGAUCCCUUCUCUUCUCCUGCUUCAAUUUAUUUGUUGGUGCUUUUCCUCAUUUCCUCUUCCUCUCCUCACAAUCAGGAGUCUAAACCAAACUGCGUUUGACUUCCCGCGGCGGCGACCUUUCAAGGUCACUGAUAGAGCUGCAAACAUGGCUGAUAGAAAUCAGCAGUCGUCCACCUUUAAUAAGUUACAUGGUCAAUCAUAUUUCCUCUCUCAAAUCACCACCCCUAACUUGCUGUCCAGGAACAGUGGCUUGAAUAACUAUUCUACACCAUUUGUCAAUGGAGGUCUUCAGAGUUCAUUCCAAUCCCCAUUCCGAGGAUCUGUUUCUCCAUUGUCUCCGGUUUUUGUACAAGCUCCCAGUGAAAAGGGCAUUAGCGGUUUCAUGAUUGAUUUUCUCAUGGGAGGAGUUUCUGCAGCUGUAUCUAAGACAGCUGCUGCUCCAAUUGAGCGAGUUAAGCUUUUGAUUCAGAAUCAAGAUGAGAUGAUCAAACAGGGUCGGCUAUCUGAGCGAUAUCAAGGAAUUGGUGAUUGCUUUAAAAGAACCAUGAAGGAUGAGGGUGCUGUUGCUCUAUGGAGGGGUAACACAGCCAAUGUCAUCAGAUACUUCCCUACCCAGGCUCUUAACUUUGCUUUCAAAGACUAUUUCAAGAGGCUUUUCAACUUCAAGAAGGACAGGGACGGUUACUGGAAGUGGUUUGCUGGAAAUUUGGCAUCUGGUGGUGCUGCUGGUGCCUCAUCCCUUCUAUUUGUAUACUCUCUAGAUUAUGCUAGAACCCGUUUGGCUAAUGAUGCCAAAUCCGCUAAGAAGGGUGGUGGAAGGCAAUUUGAUGGUUUGGUUGACGUUUAUCGUAAAACCAUCAAAUCCGAUGGCAUUGCGGGACUGUACCGUGGAUUCAACAUUUCCUGUGUGGGAAUCAUUGUCUAUCGCGGGCUUUACUUUGGAAUGUAUGAUUCUCUAAAACCAGUGCUACUGGUUGGUGAGUUGCAGGAUAAUUUCCUAGCAAGUUUCCUGCUUGGUUGGGGAAUUACAAUCGGUGCUGGGUUAGCUUCUUACCCAAUUGAUACAGUACGCAGAAGAAUGAUGAUGACAUCUGGUGAAGCAGUCAAGUACAAAAGCUCUUAUGAUUGCUUCCAACAGAUUUUGAAGAAUGAAGGCUCUAAAUCAUUGUUCAAGGGUGCUGGAGCAAACAUCUUGCGUGCUGUUGCAGGUGCUGGAGUGUUGGCUGGGUACGACAAGUUGCAGGUUGUACUCUUGGGCAAGAAGUAUGGAUCUGGAGGUGGCGGCUAAUUUGCCAUCUCAGUGUUGAAGAUGAUGAUGAUGAUGAAAAAUUACUGUGAGGUCCUAUAAUAUGUUUAUUUUCUUGAACAACUGUUAGAACAUCUACUACUACUACUGUGCUUUUUCAUAUCCCCUAUUUAGUAGUUUUGAACUCCAAGAGAAUGCUUUUGAAUUUGAGUUUAUCUGCUGUCCUUG